GCCCCGCGGCAGCCGGAAAGGAGGCGCCGCUGUGGGGCUGACCCGCGCGCUCUACCCGUCAGGCAGCGCGCCGGGCGGCCGCCCCCGCCUCCCGCCCUCGCCCGCUCUCCCUCCCCCGGCGGCGGCUGAGGUGGGGCGCCGCGGUUCGGCGAUGUGAGUGAGGCGCCUCCGCCAGCGCGGCUGCCUCCCAUCCCAUCCCCCCAGCCUGCCCGGGAGGAAGGGAGCGGGGCGGCCUAGUCGCCGCCUCUCCGGACGCGCAGCACGUCUCAAGAUGGCAGAGUUAUUUAUGGAAUGUGAAGAAGAGGAGCUAGAACCAUGGCAAAAGAGAGUGAAAGAAGUGGAGGAGGAUGAUGAUGAUGAUGAGCCAAUCUUUGUUGGGGAAAUCUCCAGCUCAAAGCCAGCUAAUACAUGUACAGUCACUACAUUCAAGUCUGAAAGUCACCAUUAUGUGAUACCUGCGUCCAGCCCCGGUGCCAUGCCUGUUUCAUCAAUCUUUCAAUCUGUAUCCAGACCUGCAUCUAGCUCUGUAGGAGUUCAGCCAUUGUCCAUACCAGUGAACGUUUCAGGAACUUCACCAACAUUGCAGAGACCAGUUGCUGGAUGUUUAUCAACACAGCAGAUUCCUGGGUCAAGUUCUGGAAUACCACAGCCUGUCACCAGACCUGUAACCAGCCCAGUGACAACACAGCCAGGGUCAAGAAAUAUCACGGUUCCUGUAGGGGCUCAACCUGUAUCCAGGCCAGUGGCUACUGUACCUGCACAGCCUUUAAUACUUGAUCAGGAUUAUAUUAUGGAUUCUCCACCAGCUGCACCAGAUAAUACAUCUGGUAUACUGUUUGGUGUGAGACAGAACUCGGGAGUUCCACAGUACCAGACUGGGCCAGCAGUGAAUGUAACAGGUACAAAUCCUGCAUCAAGCACCAUUAAAAAUGGAGGCCCUUUUCCACGAGCUUGUCCACAGUGCAAUAUUCAUUUCAAUCUUAUGGAUCCUCUAAAAAAUCAUAUGAAGUAUUGCUGUCCAGAUAUGGUAGAUAAUUUUUUCCCUGCAACGGACAAAACAGAAUGUUCAAGCACAAGCAAGUUUGCUGAAUCUGAGAAAGGAAAAUUGAUUAUGUUAGUUAAUGACUUCUAUUAUGGGAAGCAUGAAGGUGACUCCCAGCAGGUACAGCAGGAGCAGAAGACUCAUACGACAUUUAAGUGCUUCAGUUGUCAGAAAGUUCUUAAAAAUAAUAUAAGGUUUAUGAACCACAUGAAGCAUCACUUGGAGCUUGAGAAGCAGAGCAGUGAAAGCUGGGAAAGCCACACCACCUGCCAGCAUUGUUACAGGCAGUUUCCCACCCCCUUCCAGCUCCAGUGCCACAUUGAAAGUACACACACGCCUUACGAGUCAUCAACAAUAUGUAAAAUCUGUGAAUUAUCCUUCGACACAGAACAAGUUCUUUUGCAACAUAUGAAGGACAAUCAUAAGCCAGGUGAAAUGCCGUAUGUUUGCCAGGUAUGCAACUACAGAUCCUCAGCUUUUUCAGAUGUAGAAACACAUUUUAGAUCAGUUCAUGAAAAUACUAAACAUUUGCUUUGCCCAUUUUGCCUAAAAGUAAUUAAAAUUGGAGCACCAUACAUGCAUCAUUACAUGAGACAUCAGAAAAAAGGAAUUUACCGCUGCACUAAGUGCAGACUUCAGUUUUUGACAUGCAAAGAAAAAAUGGAUCACAAGACUCAGCAUCACCGAACGUUUAGGAAACCAAAACAGUUAGAGGGAUUGCCUCCUGGAACAAAGGUGACUAUUCGAGCAUCGUUUGGAUCUCUUCAAUCAGGAGCAUCAGCUACAUCUUCUGUUAGUACAAGCACUUCCACCUUUCAGUUAUCACCUAAAGCUAAAAAUACAACCACUAGAAACCAUAACAGAUCUAAUACAAAUAGGUCGAAAGCAAAAUCAAAACCAGCUACAUCCAGGAAGCAAAAUGCAUGGACGAACAGGAAAAAAAAAAAUGAACUUACAAAUACAGCAUUGCAUAAUCUAAGGUGUCGUUUGGGAGCUCACAAAUGCAUUGAGUGUUACUCAGAAAUAAAAGAUUUUGCAAGCCAUUUUCCUGCUUAUGUCCACUGUAGCUUAUGCAGAUACAACACUAGCUGUAGCAAAGCCUAUGUGAAUCACAUGAUGAGUUUUCACAGUGCUCGUCCAAGUAAAAGGUUUUGGAUCUAUAAGAAGCAUUCAGAAGAGCUACGAGGUGUGACUGUAGUAUGUCUUAACUGUGAUUUCCUCACUGAUGUUUCUGGCUUAGAUAGCAUGGCAACACAUCUGAGUGAAAGCCACACUCAUACUUGUCAAGUUAUUAUAGAGAAAGUUUCUGUAGAUAUCCCAGCUGCUGAACAAGUAUCUGACAAACAAGAACAUAACUCUUCAGAUGAAACAAAAGAAUGGAAUAGAAAUCAAACUAAAAAAAUGUCACCAGUUGAAAAGAAUGAAGAAAACUCAUCCUUGUCAAAUACAGAAAUUGUUCCUAGUUUGGAACUCCCAGACAACAGCUCGAAGAAUUCUUCACAUGAGAAAGGAGCAUGUUGUGAAGCAGAAACUAACAAACAAUUAGUAGAUGAAAAACAAAAGUGUAUUAAUGAUGAAAGCGAGUUGAAGACUUGCCAAAGUUCAGCUACUGUUAAUCUGAAUGAGCAGACUAAAGUACAUGGCCUGGAUGAAACUACACUUUCAGCAAUGAAUGCAAGGGAUUUAAAACUAACAUUGGGUGAAGAUGUUAGUUUUGAGCAGUUCUUGAGAAAAAGAGAUGACCCCGAAUCCAUUAGUUCAGACAUUAGUGAACAAGGCAGUAUUCAUUUGGAGCCUUUGACUCCAUCAGAAGUGCUAGAGCAUGAAGCUACUGAAAUCCUUCAAAAAGGUAAUGUUGCACCUUCAUCAAAGAAAGCUGGACAGCUCUCUGAACAAACAGAUGAGACUUCUAAAGAAAGCAGUCCCAGCAGAAUGGAAACAACUGCAAACAAGACAGAUGAAAAUGAAGAAAGCUGAAAUAAUGUUACUUUUAUUGUUUGUUAUAAACAAUGGUAAGAACACCAUCGACCAUUCCUGAGGAGUGUGCUCAUUGAUGCUAAGUAUUAAAAAUGAAAAAGUGGAAGAGGGAGGAGAGAAAGAGACACUAAAUGGAAGAUUUGCAUAUGAGGGUAGCAUGUAUGUGUAUGUACAACUGAAUUAACUAAAUCUACAAAGGUAGCACGUUUCAUAUAUAUCUUCCUUUUUCUUGGCUGUGAUAUAUCUUAUUAGAUUGAUAUUUGAAAGGAGGAAUAAAUUCUAAUUUUUAUAGUUAACUAGCCCGUGAUAAGGUUAUUUGUUUGCCAAAAAAAUAUUUUUUUAAAUCCCUCAGUGUGAAUAUCAUUAAACAGUGGAAUUUAGAAUUAAUUCACUUCUGAUGCUGAAAUGGAGCACACUUGUAGUGAUGGUUAUUGGUCUACUGAUAAUUUGGGUAAAAAUAAACCUCUCGACUUGCUGUCACAUUCCUGUCUGUAAAAGCAUGUAAACAGAAUUAUAUGAAUCUAUGCACCUCUGUACAGGUGUAAUCCUGCCAGGCUGUAUGCUUACCUUAAUAAACUUUCAGUGAAAGUGGAAUUAUUACAAUAAAAAUAUAUAUUUGUGGGGGGUUCAGUGUGCAGGCUGUGCAGAAAUACCGAAUAUAAUUGUAUAAAGUAGAAUAUGCUGCUGAAAGUACUCUAGCUGUUAGGCUUUUAUCACUUUUUUUAACUAUUCUUAGCUGUAGACCUGUAGGAAUGGUCUGUAAGUCACACCAAAGUAUGGUUUAAUGUAAAAACUAUAGCAAAAAGAAGGAAAACCCCAAACUGGAAGCAUCAAUGGACAUGCAUUCUGCCAUUUUGCAGCUGCUACUGGCUCGCUGUUACAAAAAGGACACAAAAGCAUAUGGAGUAGGAUUGUACAGUUCAAUUUCAGGAGUUUUUGUAGUCUAAAUUGUGUACAGAAAGAUGGCUGCUGGAUUUUUUUUUGUUUUUGUCUUCUAGUUAGCAGCUAGAUGUAGGAAUGCAUAUGAUUAAUGAUUAAUGGUAGCUUGCUCUUAUGACUUCCUUGCUCCAUUUGAAACAUUCAGAAUGUGCUAGGAAUUACAGUUUUGUUUCUAAUGAAUGUUAAAUGUUUUGAACAGCUGUUAAAGUACUGCUGUAAAUUAUUCCUUUUUGAGUAAAUAUUUGC